GGGGCCGGAGCCGCCGGGGCCGGGGCCGGGGCCGGGAUGGCGGCGGGGAACCGGGACCGGGACCGGGGCCGCUGACAGCCGCUGUCCCGCCGCCGCCCCAGCAUGUACGCCAAGGGCAAAGGCUCCGGCGUGCCCUCGGACGGCCAGGCCCGCGAGAAGCUGGCGCUUUACGUCUACGAGUACCUGCUGCACGUGGGGGCCCAAAAAUCAGCCCAGACCUUCCUGUCGGAGAUCCGAUGGGAGAAGAACAUCACGCUGGGCGAGCCCCCCGGCUUCCUGCACUCCUGGUGGUGUGUCUUCUGGGACCUGUACUGCGCCGCUCCUGACCGCCGGGAAACCUGUGAGCACUCCAGCGAGGCCAAAGCCUUCCACGACUACAGCGCGGCGGCGGCUCCCAGUCCGGUGAUGGGGAACCUGCCCCCCGGUGACGGCAUGCCGGGGGGGCCCAUGCCCCCCGCUUUCUUUCAGGGACCUGCGGGCUCUCAGCCAUCACCCCACGCCCAACCUCCGCCCCCCAACCCCGGGGCCCCCAUGCUGGGGCCGCACAGCCAGCCCUUCAUGUCCCCCCGUUACCCCGGCGGCCCCCGGCCCCCGCUCCGGAUGCCGAACCAGCCUCCCGUGGGUGUCCCUGGCUCCCAGCCGCUGCUGCCCAGUGCCAUGGAUCCGGCCGCGCGGUCACAGGGGCAUCCCGGUAUGGGGGGCCCGAUGCAGCGCAUGAACCCCCCGCGAGGCAUGGCUGGCAUGGCCCCCCAGACCUACGGCAGCGGGAUGCGGCCCCCCCCCAGCUCGCUGGCCGGCCCUGGCAUACCUGCCAUGAACAUGGGCCCCGGCGGCCGCGGGCCCUGGCCGAACCCCAACACCAACUCUAUCGCCUACUCCUCCUCGUCCCCUGGGAACUAUGUGGGUCCUCCCGGGGGUGGGGGUCCCCCCGGCACCCCCAUCCUGCCCAGCCCCGGAGACUCCACCAACUCCAGUGAGAACAUGUACACCAUGAUGAACCCCAUCGGGCCCGCGGGGAACCGGCCGAAUUUCCCAAUGGGGCCUGGACCCGAGGGGCCCAUGGGUGGCAUGAGCGCGAUGGAGCCGCAUCACAUGAACGGAUCCUUAGGCUCCGGGGACAUGGACGGGCUGCCAAAGAGCUCCCCCAGUAACUUGGGGGCCCUGAGCAACCCCCCUGGCACCCCGCGGGACGACGCCGAGCUGAGCAGCAAUUUCUUAAACCCCUUCCAAAGCGACAGCUACUCGCCCAGCAUGACAAUGAGCGUGUGAGCCCAGCACCGACAGCCGGACGCCCACACACACCAGAGAAAAAAAUAAUUAAUAAUAAUUACCAACAGCUCCCCCCUCCCUCGCCCCAGCCCCCAGCGCCCCCCUCCCACAACACUAAAAAAAAAAAACACAAAAAACCUAGAAAUAAGUCAUGUGACUUAUUUACUGCCCACCCACCCCUCCCCCCCCCCCCCCCGCACACCCUGGGGCAGGGACCACCUCAGCACUGGGGGACAGCCCCCCCCCCCCCCCCCCCAAACCCACCUCCCCUCAGGGUGGGGGCAAGCGCUGGGGUGGGGGGGGGGUCUGGCUUCAUGUUGGGGGGGGCUGAGAGGUGUUUCCCACCCCUCCUUGGGUGGGACCAGCACCCCCCAAGCUUGGGGAGGGAGACUGGGGGGGGGGGUUGUUCAUGGCACUGUGCCCCCCCCCCCCCCCGCAUGCUGCCUGGAUGGGACACAUGCACUUAACUGCAAUUAGCCCACAUGCUAAUGAGCAAUGUUCCCCCCCCCCCGCGCCCCCCAGUUCUCCCAGUGCCCUCCCUGCUGGGCAGCCCCCCCCCCCCACCUCCCAAUCCCAUGGGGGGGGGGGGGAGGGGGUCC